AUGCAAGGCUUUGCGAAGCUGGGAAUUGAAAAUGUGGAUGAAUAUGAACAAGACAUGCUCGAUGACGCAGUGUAUGAACUUGACCCGAAGGACCGACGAGCAGCAGAAAGACGUAUGCGUUUCAGAGAUCGAGCAAGAACAAGAGGAACCGAAGGAGACAGAGCAAUGCACAAACAACUGUGGCGUAAGAUACUUGAUAUGGCAGACGAGGAGUUCGAAGAUAAUCUUUUUGCAAGAAUAUCAGAGCGAGUCACUAAAAGGAGAACAGAUUUUGCAACAGCAGAAGCAGAAGCACCAGAUAUUUCACGACUAGAAAGCGCAAAAGCCGUAUUGCACUCGAAUCCAAACGAAGUUACCUUUGAUGAAAAAUAUCAACAAGCCAUUGAUUCGUGCUUCAGGUAUUUUUUGUACCGUUUCAAGCUGAGUGACGACGCACCUAACUAUUACUACAAGAGUAAAAUAUCAACAAUGAUCAGAGAAGAUAAAACGGUGUUAAGAGUGGCAGCACAACAUUUGCUGCAGUUCCACUGUGAGAAUGUGAUCACAUGGCUUGAGUUUCGACCAUCAGAUGUACUGCCAGUGCUCCACGACUGUCUGACAUUUGAAGUAAGUAAACUGAAGGAGGAAUUGUACAAGAAGAGAUACUGCAAAGUAGCAAUCACAGAUUGGCCAUUCACUACGCAACUGGGUCUACUACGUUCUUCAGAACUUAAUACACUCAUUAGAGUUUCAGGUAUUAAAGUUACUAUGCCACUAGCCAUACUAAUAAAUAUUAUAGGGAUAGUAAUCAGAAGAGGAUCGGUGUUACCGAGAUUAAGAGUGUUGUAUCUGAAGUGCAAUUCAUGCGAUAACACGCUGAGUGAAUUGCCAAUAUAUUUCAGUGAUACGAUAAAGCCAGUGUUUCCAAAGAGAUGCCCAUAUUGUCGAUCACCAGGGUUCACGGUGGACAGAAUUAACACAGAAUAUACAGAUUAUCAGAAGUUGACAAUACAGGAACCACCAAGUAGUGUGCCGGCAGGUAGAACACCGCGUCAGAAGAUAGUAAUUCUGACUGGAGACUUUGUAGAUUCAGUGAAACCGGGAGAUUUGGUAGAUGUCCUGGGAACAUAUAAGACAAGGUACGAUUUAGGACUUAACAUUAAACACGGGUUCCCAAUACUACACACGGAAUUAGAAGCUAAUAAUAUAGAACGCCAAGAAGACUCGCUAUCGUUCGAGUUAACUGAGGAGGAUAUUAGUGAAAUUAAACGUCUGAGCAGGGAUCCAUGUAUUAGAGAACGCUUAAUAGCUUCAGUAGCUCCUACACUUUGGGGCCAUAAAACAGCCAAAGCUUCUGUUUUAUGUGCUCUAUUUGGCGGUGUUCCAAAGGGUAUUCUAUCCACACUCAACUCUGCCAACACUGGUAGUGGUGCGGGAGGACACCGUAUUAGAGGUGAUAUAAAUGUGUUGUUAGUUGGUGAUCCAGGACUUGGGAAAUCACAACUGCUACAAUACGUACAUAAAACUGCCAAUAGAAGUGUAUUAACCACUGGUAAAGGAGCAAGUGCAGUGGGUCUGACUGCAGGUGUUAGAAAAGAUCCAAUAACAGGUACCCUCAGACAUAAUUUUGUUAGAGAAUGGUGCUUGGAAGGAGGAGCAUUAGUGUUAGCAGAUGAAGGGUUUUGUGUAAUUGACGAAUUCGAUAAAAUGACAGACAAAGAUCGAGUAAGUAUCCAUGAAGCAAUGGAGCAACAAAGUAUAAGCAUAAGUAAAGCAGGAAUAGUGACCAGUUUGAGGGCUAGAUGUUCAGUGAUAGCGGCAGCAAACCCAAAAUUUGGUCGUUACGAACCAGCAUUAACAUUUAAAGAAAAUGUUGAUUUCUCAGACCCGAUCCUAAGUAGAUUUGACUUAAUAGUGGUAUUAAGAGACAUACCAAAUAUUGAAGAGGACCUGUUAUUAUCAGAAUACGUAGUAACAAAUCAUCAGCUAUUACACCCAAGAUUAGACAAUGUAGAAGAUUACGAAAAUGUCCUGAAACGCCUUCAAAAUACACUUUUAUCUUCCAAUAUUGUGGAACCGAUAUCUACAGACUUGUUUAAAAAGUACGUCUACUAUGCCAGGAAAAAUAUUAAGCCGAUGAUUGGCCAGGAGUAUUACAGCCAAAUCGAAGGUAAAUUGAGUGGAGUUUACAGUAGAAUAAGACAAAGAACGUUCGGUGGCGGAUACCCGCUGACUUUACGUCACAUUGAAAGUAUAAUUAGAAUCAGCGAAGCCAACGCUAAGAUGAGAUUAUCAAAUGUAAUCACUUCAGAAGAUGUUGACGUGGCAAUUGCCAUGUUAUUGGAAAGUUAUAUUUCAAGUCAGAAAUACUCCGUGGCCACUAGAUUAUCUAUGGAAUUCACAAGAUACAGAGCACUAUUCACUGGCAAUGAUGAGUUGCUAACUCAAUUACUAAAGGGAUCACUGCAACAUCAGUUGCAGGUACAAUUACGUAAACAGUACGUUAACCAAAUGCAUCACACUGAUGGCACUGAUGUGGACAUGGAGAAUAUGGAGAACAUAGUUGGCAUGGAGAGCAACAUAAGCGUGAUGCUAUUCAUUAAGAUAUGCAACCGGUACAAGUUUGGAGAAGACCAAGUUAACAGAUGGAUGCAUUCUAGUCAGUUUAAAAAACACUUCAAGUUAUACCAUGAUCAGAAUGGCAACCAACUCAUCACUUCUACUCUUACCUAA